UCACGUCUGAGGAUUUUGCAUGGCUUCCUCUCCCGACCACGGGCCGCUUGCCGGAAACGUAAUGCGCAUCACUCUGCGCUCAUCUUCAUAAGUUUUUGUCCUUCUAUGCACCACCAACUUCGCCGAUGGAUGACGAGGUCGUGGUGGGGGACAUCUUGGCGUAUGUUACCAAGGUGGCCCGCGAGUUUCGCACGCAGCGGUACGACGACAACAACGCACCACUGAUGUAUGUCCGCAUCCAAGUUGGGCAAGCAUCCUACAACGCUUUGCUGGAUAGCGGCGCGACUUGCAAUUUUAUGAGCCAAGCCUUUAUGCAAAAGGCUGGCCUUGGCGCACAAGUUCGGAGGAAGGCAAACCCAACGGUGAUCAAGUUGGCGGAUGGUAAGACACAACAACUUCUCGACCGUUACAUCGAGGCCGUACCGGUGUAUUUUGCACCUCAUGCAUGCGAACCGGUCACGUUCGACAUUUUGGACACGGACUUCGACAUUAUUUUGGGAAUGCCUUGGCUUGCAAGUGCGGAUCACACGGUCAACUUCCACCAACGGACUCUUAACGUUGGCAACGCCUUCAGCAUCGAAGUGUCGUGUACCAUUCCUCUUCCGCACCCUUCGAUCCGGUGCCAAGUAGUGACGGCUAAGUCAUUCCGGGCUACUUGCGCCUACGAGCAGCCCGAGGAGAUAGGCCUAUGUUUCCUACGAACCGUCGCGGUAGCCGACUCUUCCCCCACGGACUUGUCUUCGGACCCCCGUGUGGUGCGGUUGCUCGAUGAGUUCGCCGACAUCUUCGAGUCACCUACCGGUGUGGUGCCGGAUCGGCCGAUCUCUCACGAGAUCAUUCUUGAGGUCGGUGUCGUGCCGCCAAAAGGUUGCAUCUAUCGGAUGAGCAAGGAGGAACUUGAGGUCCUUCGUACACAACUCGACGACUUGUUGGCCAAGGGCUGGAUCUGCCCGAGUAGCUCCCCAUAUGGAGCACCAGUUCUUUUUGUACGAAAGAAGAACAAGGAUCUAUGUCUGUGCAUCGACUACCGCAAGCUCAACGCGCAAACCGUCAAGAAUGUGGGGCCUCUUCCUCGUAUCGACGAUCUUCUUGAGCGAUUGGGCGGUGCCAAGUACUUUCCCAAGUUGGACUUGAAGUCGGGGUAUCAUCAAAUUUUGAUACGCCUGAAUGAUUGCUACAAGACCGCGUUCAAGACACGGUAUGGGCAUUUUGAGUGGGUGGUCAUGCCUUUUGGCCUCACCAAUGCCCCGGCAACCUUCCAAGCGGCAAUGACCAACGAGUUCCGUGCGAUAUUGGAUCGGUUCGUGCUGGUCUACUUAGACGACAUUCUCGUCUAUAGCCGGACCUUGGAGAAUCAUCUUGAGCAUCUUCAACGAGUGUUGGAGACGCUCCGCCGUGCCAAGUACAAAUCCAACCGCGACAAGUGCGAAUUCGUCCGGCAAGAGCUUGAGUACUUGGGCCAUUUCGUCACGCCGGAGGGCAUCAGCCCGCUAUCGGAAAAGAUUCAAGCCAUCUAAGAGUGGUUGGAGCCACGUAACGUCACGGAUGUUCGUUCGUUCCUUGGCCUUGCCGGCUACUAUCAGCG